CGAAGGCCAGCUGGGUCCGGGCAGAUGGAUUUCAUUGCCGGAGCCAUUGGAGCAGGAGGAAGUUGUGUAUGAAGAUGCAUGGCAGCUGCUUCUCUGUGGUAAAGCAGCAUUGGGAGGGUGUGAUUUGCAACACAGAGGCAGCGUGUGAAAGGAGGGACUCUUUCGCCUCUUGACUCUUUCGCCUCUUUCUAUAUUUCCUCUCUGUUGCCCUCUAUCCAUUUUCCUCCCCCGCCGGAGUUAUCAGCCUAAAUCCAUGUUUGUUGUAACCACUAGAUGUAUAGUCAUUUCCACAUUUUUAAUGUAGCUUUUCACACUGCAAGGGAAGAUGUUUCAAACAGUGGUGUUAGUGCUGCAGUUGGGUAUCCACUAGACACAGUCAAGGUGAGAAUUCAGACGGAGACAAGCUAUCGGGGAAUAUGGCACUGUAUCAGAGACACAUACAGAACUGAAAGAGUCCCAGGUUUCUAUCGAGGUGUGUCAAUGACAGUUGUAAUGGCAUCCUUUAUUACAUCGUUCUCUUUUGGUGUCUACAAAAACAUCCUUUAUAACAUCUGCAGAUUUCGAUACGGCUCUCCAACCAAAAAGCCAUCAAAGGUGGAUGUUUCUUUUGCGGCAACUGCUACUGGUGCGAUCCGGGUUGUGCUAAUAUCACCUGCAGAGAUAGCCAAAGUGAGGCUACAGAUCCAGAAGGAACCGUUUCCCUCGGCGGUACUGCCCCAUCUCUUGAUCUCCAAGCCUAAGUACCAAGGUGCUGUGCAUUGCUUGCGAACAAUAGUGAAGGAAGAAGGUCUUAGGGGUCUAUACAAGGGCUCUUUGGCUCUGCUGUGGAGGGACUGCUUUUCAUCUGCAACCUAUUUCCUCACUUAUUCUGUCCUGGGUGACUGGCUUACUCCAGCAGGAAAAGAGAGACCAGACUUAUGGGCUGUGCUGCUUUCUGGAGGCUGUGCUGGAGUGCUGGCCUGGGGUGUGGCUACCCCAAUGGAUGUCAUUAAAGCCCGGAUACAAGCAGAUGGCGAGGGUCAGCGUAAAUACUCUGGAUUGGUACAUUGUGCCAGGGACAGCGUAAGAGAAGAGGGGGUGCGAGUUCUUUUCAAAGGCCUUGGACUUAACUCCAUCCGUGCUUUCCCUGCAAACAUGAUGGUAUUUUUCACUUAUGAAGCUGUGCUUAGGCUUGGGGAAUGCUUGAUGAAAUAAAGGGUAUAUUGCAGCUGGCGAUGUGGGAGAAAUUCUUCAGUUUGCGUUUAAAGUCAAAUGUAUCAAAUUCGCAUUUUUCAAAACAACUUGAGAACGGAAACCAGGCGUCCUUCGAAAUUCACAGUUACCUGAAUGUUGUGGUUCGGGUCUCUAUCUAAACAAUGUUUACAAAAAUGAAUAUAUUAGGGGAAAAUGUGUACCAAAUAGAAUAUCGUAGUGAAAAUAGUUACGAAACUGCAUUUUCUUAGGAGAAAUUGCUAGCAAAAGGUGUACUUAGUGAAAACUGCAUACAAACAUGUGUUUAUUAGGAGAAAUUCACCCGAACAUGCUGAAGAAUUUUCAUGAGAUUUGCUGCAGAGAUGUGGAGACUUGGAAAAAUGAGAAACCGAGAGGACCAAAACAGACAGAUCCUUCUAUCCCUUACUGCAGCCUUUACCAGCCUGGUCCUCUCCAAAUAUUUGAGACUACAACUCCCAUCAGCCUGUGCUGCCUGGGGCUGAUGGGAGCUGUAACCCCAAACAUGUGGAGGACACCACGUUGGAAAAGGCUGGCAUAUCGCAAUGUUGCCUCCAAAGUGGUCAUUUCAGAAUGCUUAGUUGACUUUCUUUCAAGAAGGCUAAGAAAUGAGAAAAUAUUAUUUAUUCAGUUUAUUAGUUGCUUGCUACAUGAAGGGUCUCUAAAUAUGAAGCAUAACGUAUCUGAAAAAAAGGACCCUUUGCACCCUCCUUUCAGGUUUUUUCCUGGCUGGAAUAUGUCUGUGAGCUCCGAGUAUGCCUCUUGCUUGCUUGGAUAGAGAGGGAUGUGAGAGUAUGUGUAGAAACUAGCCUACUGGACAAAGGUAAAAUUGACAUUUGUUGCUCCACCCACUUUUGCUUCUGACCCUGCCCAUCGCUGGCAUGUGGCCCCCAGAAGGUUGCCCAGAAUGGAAUAUGGCCCUCGGGCUAAAACGUUUCCCCACCUGAUUUAUUUUUGGUAUUCAUUUCUAUUCUAUAUCCAUGUGUAGACAUCCCACUUUAGUAAGAUACGCACAUGCAUUGCUGCCUCCAGUUGUAUUCCCUAAUGCCGAAUGCAGAAAACGUGCAAGCCGAUAGAAACAGAAAUGGGUAUUCCCUAAUGCCGAAUGCAGAAAACGUGCAAGCCGAUAGAAACAGAAAUGGGCACAUGUAGAGAUUUAGAUUUGCCAGUGAUGGAUGGUGGGAGUUUGGUGUUCUAAACAAUGCCUUAUCCCUGAACUACUCAUUGUUACUAAAAACAAAACAAAACAGAGCUAUUUGGCAGAUAAGUGCGAAAAGCUCAAGGCAGCAAGAAGACACAUUUAACAUUCCAAGUCUAAGAUGCGCUUUGCUGGAAAGCUGCAGCUUGUUGUGGAAAUGAGCAUGUUGCAUAAGAUACGGUUAACAGCCUUCAAUUUACAACAUGAUUUUAUAAGGAACAAUUUGGCAUUUUGCCCUUUUAACCCUGCUCUCCCAUUUAUGCCAUUACAAGCUCAUUCAUUCCCAGAUGCUGCUUUUUACAAGCUCUGCAAGGAUGACUGUGGCCUUUGUGAGCACUAAGGGACUUUGCCAUGCUUGUAUAAGAGCAUCACGGCAUGCUCAGACCAUUGGAACUAUCCUCAGGCAUAUACCCUUGUACAUAAAGUGGCUCAAACGUAUUUUUUAAAUUUCCAGAAGGGUAGCCAUUUUAGCCUUUUGCAGCAAAAACAACAGAAUCUUGUGGCACCUCAAUAACGAACAAAUUUAUUAUGGUACGAAGUUUCACGGAUUAGAGUCCACUUCAUCAGAUGCAUGAAGUAUCCUGAGUUGGCAGGUAUAUAUACACGUUGUGUUGCGUGCAUGGAGUGACUAUAAGCAGUGAAGUUAAAGGGAAAUGAAGUGUAAAAAGUACAGACUGUUACGUUAAAGCUUAAAUGUAUUUCCUGUUUUCUGUCCUUUUUAAAGCUAUUUUAUUCUAUUGUGCCCAUUGCCUUGAGACCUAUUAUGUGGGAAAAGAUUAAUGGAUUAAUUAUAAUACAUGUAUGAAAAUCUUUACAAUGACCAUUCUCAAUUGAGAGUGACACUGAUAAACACCCAUAGUGAGAUAAAAACCCAUUAUCUCAUUUCAGACAAUAGAACUGAAUUCCUUCAUGCAGCUGUUUGAUUCUGUUUCACUGCUAGAGUUUCCUUUUGAAAUUCCUUUCCUCUACAGCAGUGGCUUUCAGGCUGUCUUCUGGGAAAUCCUGGAGUUCCUCAGAAGCUUGUGAACAGUUUCUCCAUGAGUAAUGACAAAUACGUUUCCUGGAAAAAGACACCUGCUACGCCACUACCACUGAGUUUCCCUGCAAUGCUCAGCUUCAGCCUGGAGUCAUUGGAUGUUGUUCGACUCCAGCCCCCAUCAUCCCGAGCCAGCAUGGCCAAUGAUCAGGGAUAAUGAAAGGUGUUGUCCAAAGACAUGAUGUUAUCAAAUUCAUAGAGGAUAAGGCUAUCAGUGGCUACUAGCCAUGAUGGCUGUGCCCUGCUUCCAUAGUUAGUGUUUACUUCUGAGUAUCAGUUGUUGGAAACCUGCAGGAGGGGACAGUAGUCUUGUGCUCAGGUCCUGCUUGUGGGCUUCCCAUAGGCAUCAGGUUGGCCACUGUGAGAACAGGAUGUUGGACUAGAUGGGCCACUGGCCUGAUCCAGCAGACUCUUAUGUUCUUAACAUCCGAUGUCCCAGGGUUGUGGAAGACUGUUCUAGGUCAUGCUUUCUGGUCACCAUGGGCAAGGCUGUAACCCAACAGUGCCCCCACAUGAACUGAGUGUUCACCCUUGAAUAUGUUCGAGGUUUUCUGCAAUUCACUGGAAUCCCUUGACAGACAAGUCAUUUUGGAAAGUGUCCCCAGCAGUUUCAAAACCUAUGUCAUUAAAAAGUGUACAUAGUCCUCAACGAGAAUAUGCAAUAGUCUAGACUUUAUUUAAAGAUGGAGCAGAGAGAAAGAAGUAACAAAAACUAAAAGAACCACCCCUUGAAAGAGAGUGAUUCAGUGGUGGACAAUGGAGGCAUCAUGAGCUACUUUAUUCCAGAUCAGAUUAUUAAUCCAUCUAGCCAAACAUUGUCUACUGUAGCCAGAGGUCUGCAGGCAGAUAUUCUUUCCCCCACUUGCAACCUAGCUAUUUAACUAGAGAUGCCAGGGACUGAACUUGGGAUCUUCUUGCAAGCAAAGCAGGUGUUCUAUCACUGAAUCUCAUUAAAUAUGGACAAAAUGGACACACAAGCAACAGUAUCAUUCUAUGGGCUGAUGGGGAUUAACCCAGAAUAUAUGGGUACCCCUUUAAAUUUUUUCACAGUUUGAUUCCCAGACAGUGGUGCACUGUUUGUCCAAAGGCAACAGAAUCACAGAACGUUUGAAGUCAUCUAGUCCAACCCUCUGCUCAAGGAAUCUUGCAACUAAAGCAUCCCUGACAGAUCACCAUCCAACCUCUGCUUAAAUGUUUUGUCCCACUCUCCAAUGGCUCUUACUUUAGGUCUGGUUAUUGUUUUGAUGGGUGACUGCCUGGCAGCCAUUGUGUAUGCCACCUUGGUUUACAUGACAGAAGAAA